AUGCUUCGGUUGCUGGCUCAAUGUUUGCCUCUCUCCUCGGCCGAACAGGUUCGGAGAGCAGCUAUUGAUCGAGUUCCCACGGAUGCAGGUGUCCUGAUUUUGCCCAACAAUUACACCGGCGAUGUGUUAAACUUUGGUAUGGCGGCUGAAAAAUGUCGCGCGGCGGGUAUUCGAACCGAGUUCUUCCCGAUCAACGACGAUGUAGGCGUUGGCCGCACCAAGGGUGGUAAAGUUGGUCGGCGGGGCAUCGGUGGCGGCGUGCUGAUCUUGAAGAUCACCGGUGCUUUGGCAGAGGCUGGGGGCUCUCUCGAAGAAGUCUACAAAUUAGCCCAAUUCGCCAAUGAGAACCUCGUCUCCAUUGGUUCUUCACUAGAGCACGUCCAUGUGCCCGGCCGCGGGAUGCCUGAAGAUUUCAUUCCAAAUGGCGAAGUUGAAAUUGGCAUGGGCAUUCACAAUGAGCCCGGCUCACAUCGUAUGAAGGCCGACCUGGUGCAAAUGGUCUCGAUCAUGCUUGACCAGCUGUUGAGCCAGGAUGACGUCGAACGAGCAUAUCUGCGUCACGGUCCUGGAGAUGAUUUUGUUCUCCUGAUCAACAAUCUCGGCGGCGUCAGCCCGAUCGAGCUAGCUGGUAUCACUGAUGAAGUACAUCGUCAGCUCCUGCGGGAUCAUAAGAUCAAGCCAGUGCGUGUGAUCUCAGGUACAUUCCUGACGAGUCUCAAUGGCAUGGGCUUCAGUAUCUCACUUCUGAAACUCGCGGACAAUGGCCUCGGUCCAGGAAAGUCCAUGCUUGAAUUGAUCGAUGCCCCCGCCGAGGCUGUAGGCUGGUCCGCACCCAUUUCCACCGCCACUUGGAGUGAUCGUUUGGAUACGCCGGUGGAGCUGAAAGCUACGAAUGUUGUGGAAGAGACGCCGAGCAACUUGCAACUGGAUCCUUCCAUCAUCAAGACCAGUCUAAGCGCAGGCUUGAAGCGAGUGAUCGCAGCCGAACCAGAGGUGACCCGGUACGACACAAUUGUAGGUGACGGUGACUGCGGCAUCGGUCUCAAGCGAGGCGCCGAGGCUAUUGAAAAACUCCUCGACCAACCAUCCCCCGCCAUCACAAAUGACGCCGUCACUACAGUUCUUCGGAUUGUCGAGGUAGUUGAGAACGUUAUGGACGGCACAUCCGGUGCCAUCUAUGCGAUCUUUUUGAACGCUCUGGCCCAUGGACUCCGCGCCCAAGAUACGGGCUCUGCUCGUCCCGUCACCACAGAAGUCUGGGCCCAGGCCUUGAAACAUUCCGUCGCGGCCUUGAGCCAAUAUACACCGGCGAAGCCAGGGGAUCGCACACUAAUGGAUGCGCUGGUGCCGUUCUGCGAUACCCUCUUCGAAACUCAUGAUGUACGUGCUGCGGCGGCUGCGGCACAGCAGGGCACGGAGUCGACGAAGAGUAUGAAGGCGAGUCUGGGUCGUUCUGUCUAUGUGGGUAGUGAGGCAGAAUGGUUAGGCAAGGUGCCUGAUCCGGGUGCUUAUGGGCUUAGUGAAUUCUUGACUGGGUUAUCGGAAGCGUGCUAG